AUGUCAGCCCCAGAGACUCAACCCACCGCUGAAGGCGAUGAGUACGAAAAGACCCUUCUGCAGCUACGAUGCUUCGACACAAUGUUCCUCGUCGAUGAUUCCGAGGCCAUGCAGCCUUACUGGCCCGAAAUCAAGACCCUGAUAGAGCGCAUUGCACCCAUCUGCGCCAGACACGAUCCUGAUGGAGUUGAUCUGUACUUUGUCAACCACCGACCCGGAGGUGUCUUGGCCAAGCUACCUGGAGUUCAGUCAAUCCGAAAGUCAGGUUACACUCACAUUGGUGGCUUUGCCGGAAGCAUGCUUUUGACCAGCAAGGGAAAGCAGGUCGGCGCCAUCUUCGACAAGGUCAAGCCAGCUGGAAAGUGCAACAUGGGUGCCAGACUCGGCGGCUUACUCAAGUGGUACUGCGACAAGUUCACAGCCGGAGAGGAGAAGGCCGCUCUCAACAUUAUUGUGCUCACAGCCGGCGCAUUCGACGACGACAUCAAGACUCCCCUGAUUCAAGCCGCCCGAACUCUCGACGAGGCCAAGGCACCCAUCCACCAAGCUGGUGUCCAACUGUUCCGCUUGGGUGGACCGGAUCUGGUGCGGCAAAAGACCCUCCAGCAUCUCGACGACGAACUGCACAAGGAGGCUGGAACCCGAGACAUUGUCGACACAGUGACUUGGAGCGGUCACGGUACAUCCAUGUCGGAUGAUGAGCUGCUCAAGAUUGUGCUCGGCGCUGUGAUCAAGAAGAUUGAUAUUCGUGCUUCUGAGUUGCACUUGGAUGAGGCAGCUACGACGACACGAGCUGACCGAGAGUAUGAUGAGGGAAAUGUAAUCUAG